CGCCGCUUUUUUCAAGCUGUCAGAUUGUAUUUAGAAAAACUCUCGCCAGACUUGCUUCUUUCUGCCUCCGAUCGGAAUUAAAUCCGAAAUAUCUCUAGCUAUAAACCGAGAACCAGCAAAAAAGUGCGGAACCUCCGCCAUUACGACUGCACUCGGUGUGGAACGGUCCUGGAAGUGGCUCGCUCGUCCGGAAGAUCGGUGUUGAAAGUCGUGGAAGAAAGUCGUCGUAGCUUCCCAUCAAGGGCCUCUUCCCUUUGCGAAAGGCGAUUUACGACGUGUGUGCAUAGUGAUUUUCUGAUUGUUUCGUGCUAGAGUGCAAAUUUUGCGGAAAAUAUCCACUGGAGUUGGUGAAUUUUCUGGUGUGCGAUUGAAAGCGUCCCCAGUGCAAAACGGUAGUUACACUUCCGUCGUUUCGGAAUAGUUUUGCGGCAGCAGGGAUUUUUGGGGGUGGUAGCUGAAGAAGCAGUUUUGCGAUCCCCCUCCCCUCCAUCUUCCGUUUUUUUCAGAUAUAGUAAUUAUCAAUUGCAAACUCUUUUAUGUGAUUUGAGCUAUGCUCUAAACCAGCCAAGCAGCGAAACAUGAGAACCAAAAAGACCACAAAGCCGGCGCCGAUUUUUGCGUCCUCUUCGGGCGAAAACGGCGAUUCGGAGAAGGUCACAAACGAUGAUCCUCCCACUACCAACGGUAGUGCCGCAGAGGAAGAAGAACCUUCAGACAGUGUCAUUCUGAUCGAUAAUGACUCCAUGGCGGAACCAGUCGCAGAAAAUGGCAUUGCCAACGACAAGGAGAAUGAUGACGCGGGAAACACCUCACCCAAAGAAGAUGCAUCAGAGGAACCCGUCAUAAAGUCGGAGAAACCGCCCAUCAAAGUCAUCCGGCUAGUUUCGAUUGAGAAAUUGAUGAGGCCAAGCCUACUACCGACUGCCGGUGAAGAUGCUUCGAAGAAAAAGGCCAACUCGAUCGAAAAGCCCCUCAGCAAGCGAUCAAAGAAUGCCAGUGUGAUAGAAAUCAGCGAUAGCGACGAGGACGAUGAUGUACCUUUGUCGAAGAAGGCCAAAGCCGAAGAAGACGUUGUCCAGAACUUGUCCAGCGAUGACGAAAUAGCUCCGGUGAAGAAAAAAGUUUCUCAAAAGGUCAAGAAGGUAACCUUGAAGAAACUGAUUGACGACGAUGAGGAAGAUGAACCUGUGGCCAAACGAAAGCCCGAAGCAGCCAAGUCUGCCAAGAGCAAACAGAAGAAGCGUUCAAGCGUUCCAGACGGCUGCAAGAACUUGACUGUGAAGGUGCAGAAGCUACCUUCGGAUCUGAAAUCUUUUAUGGAGGAACACAGUUUGAGCAGUAUACUUGACCGGCGGAACCGGGAGAUAACUGCGUUCAAGUCGAACACAAAUUAUUACGGCGAAUUGAGUCGUCGCCGGAAGACGGGUGGGGCAGAAUCAAGCAAGUCAAAGGCGAAAGAAGGUGGCAAGAAGGGCGGCAAAGCUCAAGUUAUUCAGUCGAGUGACAGUGAACAAAACGAUUCGGAUGAACCAAUCGCGAGCAUUAUUACAAAAUCAGACAACAUUCCUAAAAAUAAAAACAUGUCCAAGCGUUCGGCCCGUUCUCGGCGUAAGCUUAGCGAGAGCGAAGACGAAGGCGAUGACAGUGAUGAUGAUUUCGAGGUCAGCUCCAGCAAGGCAAAGGCUGCAGAGCCGAAGAAGAAACCCCGAGGCCGGCCUCCGAAGAAAGUGGUUUCUUCGGACGAGGAAGAAGAGGAAGAGAAAAGCGGCGCUAGCGGAUCGGAUGAUUUCGAAGAGGAAAAGCCUCAACCGAAGAAGAAGCGAUCGCGAAUCAAGAAGAACUCGUCGUCCUCCUCGGAUGAGGAUGGAGGAAACAAGAAAAAACGUAAACGCAUCAAGAAGAACUCCGGCAGUGAGGACGAAGAUGAUUCGCCUACCAAAGGACGCAAGAACAUCCGCAAGUUGAUGAAAAAGUCUGCUCUGGAGCAGACGACUAAAGAGGCUGAACAAGAGGAAAAGGAGCGCAAACAGCGCAUCGCCGAGCGGCAGAAGCUCUACAACCAAGUAUACGACGAAAAGCCAGAGGAAGUCAAAGAGAUCAAGCAGCUGGUGCUGGACUUUGACGAGGAAACCAAGGAACCGCUUCUGCAAGUGGACGAAAAGCUGGUCAAGAAGCUGAAGCCUCAUCAGGCGAACGGAAUCAAAUUCAUGUUCGAUGCAUGCUUCGAAAGCUUGGAACGGGCCCGCGACAGCAAGGGAUCCGGUUGCAUCCUGGCCCACUGCAUGGGUCUGGGUAAAACCCUCCAAGUGGUAACGUUGUCUCACACUCUGCUCGCCAACUCCGAGGUUACCGGAGUCGAACGGAUAUUGGUGGUCUGUCCAUUGUCCACGGUGCUAAACUGGGUAAACGAGUUCCGGAUUUGGAUGAAGCAUGUCAAGAAGGGAACCGAGGUAGAAGUGUACGAAAUCUCAAAAUACAAAAACAACGUUGUACGUGCCAAUCAACUGAUGGAGUGGCACAACGAGGGUGGUGUCAUGAUCCUGGGAUACGACAUGUUCCGAAACCUGUCCAACCAGACGACCGGCCGUAUUAGGAAAAAGGUUCGCGAAUCGUUGCAAACGUCGCUGAUCGAUCCCGGCCCGGAGCUGAUCAUUUGCGACGAGGGUCAUCUGCUGAAGAACGAGAAAACCUCGCUGUCGAAGGCGGUCAACCGAAUCAAAACCCUACGGCGGAUCGUACUAACCGGAACGCCCAUUCAGAACAACAUGAAAGAAUACUACUGUAUGGUGCAGUUCGUGAAGCCCAAGCUCCUCGGAACGUACAACGAGUACAUGAACCGGUUUGUGAACCCCAUCACGAACGGCCAGUACACCGAUUCGACACCGUACGAUAUUCAGCUGAUGCGAAAGCGAGCUCACGUGUUGCACAAACUGCUGGAUGGAUGCGUGCAACGGCGGGACUAUGCGGUGCUGGCUCCGUUCCUGCCCCCGAAGCUCGAGUUUGUAGUGUCGAUCCGGUUGACCCCGCUGCAAGUCACAUUGUAUAAGUAUUACAUGGAGACACAGGCCCGUAAGCAAAACAAUGAGGAAAGCAAACGGGCUUCGGUGUUGUUCUCAGAUUUCCAGAAUUUGCAGCGAAUCUGGACGCAUCCACGCGUACUUCGGUACAAUAGCGAUCGCUAUGAGUACAUGCAACAGAAGAAGCGAGACAUGAUGUCCGACGAUGAAUCGAUCGGAUCGAUGAAGGACUUCCUGGACGAUGAAGAUAGCGAAGCGGAAGAUACACCUUCGGAGUCGGAAUCGGAAUCCAGCUCGAAUAGCAGCGACGAUAGCGACGCAAGCCACAAGAAGAGUAAAAAAUCGAAGAAGAAAACCGAUAAGAAGGCCUCGGAAGCGGCUGCGUCGGCAGCCGCUUCUCGACGAACCCGUAACAAUCCGGAUGUUGAAGAGGAAGAUCUCCCUGAGGUCACGGAGCAGAAAAACGAAAAUCCCACCGAGUGGUGGAUGUCGAUGGUCCCCGAAGAGGAACUGGACAAUUUGGAACACUCGGGAAAACUACAGGUGCUAUUUGAAAUUCUCAAAGAAUGUGAAGCCAUCGGCGAUAAGUUGUUGGUCUUUUCGCAAUCUCUCUACUCACUGGAUGUGAUCGAGCACUUCCUGGCCCUCGUGGACGACAACACCCAGAAGGACGACGACGAACGGGACAGCGAACUGGACAAAUACCAGGGAUCGUGGACGUUGGGUCUGGAUUACUUCCGGUUGGACGGGUCGACCGCCAUCGAGAGUCGAAACGCUUCUUGCAAGGUGUUUAACGAUGAGAGUAAUCAUCGAGCUAGGUUAUUCCUCAUUUCUACCCGUGCCGGUGGGUUGGGCAUCAAUCUCGUGGCAGCAAAUCGGGUCGUGAUUUUUGAUGUGUCGUGGAAUCCCUCCCAUGACAUCCAGAGCAUAUUCCGAGUGUACCGGUUUGGUCAAAUCAAACCUUGCUACAUCUACCGGUUUCUUGCUAUGGGCACAAUGGAAGAGAAGAUCUACGAGCGGCAAGUUACGAAGCAGGCCAUUUCCAAGCGUGUAAUCGACGAGCAGCAGAUCGAUCGGCAUUACAAGGAGAAUGACCUGCAGGAACUGUACCGCUACGACAACAUCGAACCGGAAGAGGAACGCCCCGUGCCGAAUCUGCCCAAGGAUCGACUGUUUGCCGAGAUGUUGAAAAAGUACGAAAAGCUGCUGUACAAGUACCAUGAGCACGAUUCGCUGCUGGAGAACAAGGAGGAAGAAACGCUGAACGAAGAGGAACGCAAGGCCGCUUGGGAAGAGUUUGAGCAGGAGAAGAAUCGCCCUCCGGUUACCAACUACGGUAUGGGCGGCUACGGAGGCAUGGGUAUGGGCAUGGGAAUGAACAUGGGGAUGGGAAUGAAUAUGGGACGAGUAAACGGCCCUGUCACAUCGAGCAGCAUCUUCGGCUUCAGGACAGAUGUCUUGCUUAAGCUGUUGAACAUGAAGGCGCGACAAGAAAACCCCUCUUUCAACGAGACCAGUAUCGCCGCUAUGAUUCCAUUCCUGAUGCAGGAACUCGUCAGGCAGAUGAAAGAUGGUGAUCUAUCGAUGUACAAAAGUCUGACCGAAUUGUACUACCAACUUGAGGCACCUCCGAAUAGGUACAACAUGAUGGGCUACAACCAAAUGAUGAUGCAACCGCAACAGAUGCCAAUGAUGCAGCAACCGCAAAUGCACCGGCCAAUGAUGCCCAGUAAUAUGCCACAAAUGGCCGCCGAUGGCAACGCUGGUGGUACCUACUCAAUGGAUCAGAUUCGGUACCUCCGGCAGCAGGAACAGCUGCGCUACUCUCAACUGAAUGAGGCUGGUAGUAGCGGAACAAACCGAGGAACGAUCAUCAGUGAAGCACAAAAGCGAUUCAUGAAUAGCCCCAUGGAAAUAGUGGAACUAGAUUAAGCUACAACAUCCUGGUAAUUUAUUAUCUAAUCUAAUUACCCUUACAUACACACUACAUAACCACACAUAGGAAAAAGAAAAUGAAGUCUAUUGUAGCCCUGCUCCCUCAAAGGAUAUCCCGGUAAGCUAAAACAUCAAAUAGAUUUCGAUUCAUGUGAACAUGGUCAAAAUUGGAUCUCGAAUUUAAAUGGGUCGUCGUUUUAAACUAGAACAAAUUACAAAAAAAUUGACUGCUGAUAUUAGAGCUGUAAAAAUCCCACUUCCACAAAUAGGCACCCAACAUACUCCACAGAAGAACCCCCUAACCCUCAAUUUGGAACCAAUUCUCCGUGUCGGUUGGUUUACACCGGCAGCGAGAUAACAGCUGAAUUUUUAAUCCUUUUUAUUUGUACGAUGAGAACAAACCGCCCCUGAUUAGAUACGUAUUUAUAUAAUGGUCAAACUUUUCCUGGCGAUCCCUAGAGCACCUAGUGAUGCUGUGUAUUGGAAAACAUCGUAAAAUAUCCACCAUUUAAGUGUACGUGGCAGUGGCUCAUCUACCUACUCUUUAGUAGAUUGAGGCGAAUGUGCAAAUAAAUGAUGAUCAUUUCAACGAAAAAUAAAAGAAACAU